GCCACUGGAAGGAGGAAAAAAAAUCCUCUCUGCGCAUCUCUCCAUCUCACCCCUCCUCACCAGCCCUCUUUCUCAAAAUACAUCCUCCGCGCAGCACACAUCAGCUCGUUCAGACCUCUCUCUCCCUCAUCACCUCCACCCCUCCCUCGGCAUCCAAUCUGAGCGGGCGGGAGGACCUCCCCAACCCCUGAACCCGCGUCUAUACCCGCCCCUGCGCGCUUAUAAAACCGGCCCGGAUCGCGCCGGAAAAGUCUCGGUCUUCAGAAUCGCUCAGGGUUGCAGCAGAACAUCCCCCCUCCUCCGUCUUAUCCCUCCCCUCUCCAUCAUCCUCUCACUGUUUUUUAGGAGAACCUUUUUUUUUUUACGCAUCACCCAUCCUCACCCAUCCACAAAAAAAAAAAAGCCAAAAAACAAAAAAAAAAAACUCCAGAAGUGUAGCGGGACCGUCUUUCUGCAGGCCAGUUGCAUGCAUUGUUCGUCUCCCAAAAUGGUUUGCGAGACUAAAAUCGUUGCGGACGAGCACGACGCUAUACCUGGGACCAAAAAAGAGCCGAUGAUGUGGGGCUCCCCGGCGGCGCCCGGCGCGGCUCUCAGCUCCGCCGGCGAGCCCAAGGAUGUGCGGAGGGAUGCGGUGUUCAUCCGCGAGUUCGAGCGCGGGGACCAGGCGGAGGUGCUGCGCAUCUUCCACGAGGGGAUCAUGGAGCGGGUCCCCAACACGGCAUUCAGGGGCAUCUGGCAGCAGCCCAGGACGCAGUUCUUGUACGCCUUUCUGACAGUAAUGUGCUUUUACGUGACCAAAUCUGUCACGCUGACCUGCUGUGCACCGCUCAUUCUCAUGGGUGCGCGCUACUACUACAGCAGGAAAGUUAUCCAGAGUUAUCUGGACUGUGCUCUGCACACGGACAUGGCUGACAUAGAGGCUUAUUACAUGAAACCCACAGGUAAGGAACGGCUCUUACUCAAUAAUGUCCAACGGGUAUGUGUAAUUUGUCAGCAGGCAGCUCCACCACGAUGUUACAACAUAAACCCAAACGACUGGUAAAGAUCAGGUCCAAAUGCCCGCCUCGGCUUUCUGUGCGCCGUAACUUUAAACUAGCAGAAACGCAGAAGACGAAUGAAAGCCGGUGAGGGACGGAUAUGCGACUAGAAGGUGGUUUCGUCCUCAGGCAGAGUUAAAUAUGCAGGUCAUCCUUCUGCUUGCCUUCCUCGUUGUUCUCACCCCUCCUCCCCGUGUGUUUUUUACUCCUUCCCCCCACCGGCUUCCCGUCCUCGCUCCUCUUGGCCUCUGGAGUGGGGGUAGAGGGCCUAUUGAUUGCACGGAGGAGGCUGCUGAUACUCCUUCUGCAGUAAGUUCGGUGUCGCCCAGGCUCAUUUCCUCCGCUAAGGUUUCUGAUUAGAAAAUCAAUCAAGCUCUUAAUUCUCCUCCGGCUAUCUACACAUAUGUGACGGAUUAUCCCACAUUCCCCUGCCUUGUCUUUGACAUGGCCAGCGCAAGGGAACAGGUGUUGGUUAAGCCAGUCAAUUGCCUUCUCAUUGUGCGUGGCUCUCCAGCGCUGUGCCCAGCGGCCCGAUAAUCCACAGCACACAGUUGUAGUUUAGCGCUCCCAUUAUUGCUGCAGAGCUGUGAUGGUUCAGAGGGGGUCAGGCACCGCCGCUCCUGGACAAUGCUAAUGAUUACAGCCCCGUAAACCGAGCGGACCCAAAGGCAUGAACGCCGUGAGCAGUUCCGAUGGAGAGGCACGGCUACAUGCUGUCAUUUGCUGCAGCGUGUGCAAAACAACAACA